AUGGGAGCUAACGGUAAAGGCAAUAAUAAAUGUUUCUUCGCUAAGAAGUUCUUCGGCAAGAAGGCUACUGCUGUUGAUAACAACGGUUCUACUACUGAUGAUGUUGAUGACCCUAACAAUGUUCGAGUUGAAGACAAUAAGUCGGUUUCUUAUUUCACUCUGUUCGCUCUGGCCGAUAAACACGACAAGAUCAUCCUUGCCAUAGGUGUCGCGGCCGCCUUGAUAAACGGUGCUCUGAUGCCACUGUUCUCGCUCUUGUUUGGCAACUUUGCUGAUGCUGCUGCUGGUGGUAUUGCCGGUUUCAUGCAUAGGAUAUCCAAAGUUGCUUGGGAAAUGUGCGUAUUGGGCGCGAUUUCUUUCGUGGCUGCCUCCAUUUUCAACGCUUGUUUUUCAUAUUUCUCUGAAAAUCAAGUGACGAGGUUGAGAGUUAAAUACUUACAAGCUGUAGUUGGCCAAGACAUUGCUUGGUUUGAUGUUAGGACCCCUGCGGCGCUACCCGCUCGCAUGUCUGAGGACGUCCUCAAGGUCCGUGAUGCGAUUGGUCAAAAAGCCUCUAUGAUGUGUAUGAAUGUUUCUAUGUGUAUUGUUGGUUACAUUAUUGCUUUCUACAGAGGUUGGCAAAUAACACUUGUUAUGAUCGCUACGUGUCCUCUCAUUAUGGUGUGUGGCCUCCUUAUGGCAAAGGUGAUGUCGACUCUCGCUUCAAAGGGCCAGAAUGAAUACGCUGAGGCUGGCGCUGUUGCUGAGGAAGUGUUAUCGUCCAUCAAGACGGUCGCCUCUUUCGGUGGCGAGCAAAGAUCUAUUGAUCGCUACAACGCCAAGGUUCAGAAAGCGUUGAAAUCUGGUGUAAAGGUGUCAGUUUAUCGAGGCUUUGCAAUAGGGUUUACUAUGCUGGUGGUAUUCUGGACGUAUGCUCUUACGUUCUGGUAUGGUGGUACCUUGAUCCGAGACCGUACCAUAAAUCCCUCAACUGGUAGACCUUAUCAGGGUGGGGAUGUAUUGACGGUCUUUAUGUCUGCUAUGAUGGCAACUUUCUCUAUCGCUCAGAUCGCCCCUCAUUUCCAAGCGUUUUCUGAGGGCUGUGCUGCUGGUGGGAAAAUAUUCCCGCUGAUGGCCGAGAACGCGGAGAUUGAGCCUAAGGUCAAAAGACUAUCCGAGGGAGGGGAAGCGGAGGCUAAUAUGAUUCCGGUUGAGUUCGAAUCUUUACAGUUGGAUGACGUGAAGUUCAACUACCCAGCUAGGCCAACACUGCAGGUGCUCAAGGGUGUAUCUCUGGAGAUUAAGCGUGGCCAGAAAGUGGCCUUUGUCGGUGAGUCUGGUUCGGGGAAGUCUACUUUGGUUCAGCUCAUCGAACGGUUUUAUGAUCCUGCUGAGGGAAAAGUGCUUGUCAAUGGAGUUGAUAUUAAAAGUAUGCCCGUGCAUAAGCAUCGUGCUCUGUUCGGUUAUGUCGGCCAAGAACCGUUCUUGUUUGCUGAUAGUAUUCGAAAUAAUCUCCGGUAUGGUCUUACUGGUAGUAGAGUACCGAGUGAGGAAGAGAUGAGGAAGGUCUGCAAAGAUGCGCAAAUUUUGGAUUUCAUCGAAGGCUUGCCUGAGGGGUUUGACACUUAUGCUGGUCCAGGUGGCAGUCAAAUGUCCGGUGGCCAGAAGCAGAGAAUCGCCAUUGCUAGAGCUCUGCUGCGGCACCCUGAGAUUCUGCUGCUGGACGAGGCUACGUCGGCGCUUGAUAACGAGAGUGAGAAGAUGGUGCAAGCUACGAUCGACCACUUGCAGUCUACUGUGAGUAUUACGACGAUUUCGAUCGCGCAUAGGUUGUCUACUAUCAAGAAUUCUGAUGUGAUAUUCGUGAUGAAAUUGGGAGAACUGGUUGAGAAGGGCAGUAAUGAUGAGCUCAUGGCCCAGCAAGGUGUUUAUGCCUCUUUGGUUUCGGCGCAGGCUGCUGCUGCGGUGAAGGACGAUGAGAAAGUGGCCGCUACUGAGGGGGUCGCGGGGUCGUCGGUUGAUACUGCUAGUGAGGUUGUGAAUAGGAAGAAGAGUGGUAUGGCAAGAACGGCUACUAGUGGUACAAUUGGUGAUGAUGAUGCCGAUGAUGACAACCAAGGAGAGUCUUUGUUGAAAACGGAGGAGGAAAAGGAGAAGGAGCGCAAAGCUGAGAUUGCUAAGACGUAUAAGACGCCCUGGAGGAGGUUGCUGGCGUUUAACAAGGAUCAAAAAUGGUGGUUUCUGCCCUCCCUGUUGGGGUCGUUUAUGACGGGAUCGGCAUUUCCGAUAAAUGCACUGAUCUUGUCGCGUGCGUUAUUCGCAUUUUAUUAUCCUCCAUUUCUGGUGAUGGAACAUAUUGAUAACAUAUGCUUCUAUUACAUCGGCUUGGGAGUGAUGAUAUUCUUUGGUCAGCUCAUCGAGUCGGGCUCGCUGGGUUACCUCGGUGAAAAUUUCACAUGUAAUGUUCGUAAGCAAUGUUUUGCCAAGAUAAUGGAACAAGAUAUGGGCUUUUUUGAUUUCCCGGAGCACGCCUCUGGCAAGUUGACUGCCUCGUUGUCAACCUAUGCUGUGAAGAUGAACUCUCUCACUGGUUCGAGUUUGGGUAUCUAUUCUCAAGCGAUAACUGGUUUGAUCGUUGGUGUUAUCAUUGGCUUCUGUGGAUCGUGGCAGCUGACUUUGGUGAUGUUGGCCAUGCUGCCGUUACUGAUGAUGGCUGCUAAGUUCAACAUGUCUGUGAGGAUGUCAGGAAAAAAGGAACAGGAUAACCUCAAGCAGUCGCAGUUGAUAGCGUCGGAGGCCAUUCAGAAUAUGCGCACAGUGAGAGCGUUUAUGGCAGAGUCGUGGACUGUUGACCGCUAUGCGGAGUUUGCUAGUAUUGCUAGUGAUACUUCUGGUACUACCGCUAUCUUUCAUGGUGUUCUCUUUGGUGGUUCGAACUGUAUCAUCUUCCUGGCAUACGCCCUGGGUUUCUGGUAUGGAGGUCACCUUAUGGUCUACAACGGUUUGGAGUACUCCCACAUGUUGCAGUCGCUUAUGGCUGUUAUGUUCGCCGCUAUGGCGGUCGGUCAGGCUAUGGCCUUCCUCCCUGAUGUCGCUGAAGCUAAGGUCUCUGCUCAUGAUGUAUUCGAGAUCCUCGAUACGGAGUCUGUAAUCAACGCCAUGCACCCGGAUGGUACGAUCAGUGAUAUGGGUGAUGGAGUAGUUGAGUUCAAGGAUGUUCAUUUCAAGUACCCGACGAACCCCGAAUUGCCGAUUCUCAAGGGGGUGUCCUUCCGCAUUGAGCCAGGUCAGCAGGUGGCGUUUGUUGGACCCUCAGGAAGUGGCAAAUCGACUAUCAUGGCACUUAUGCAGAGGUUCUAUGAUGUUGAGAGUGGCAGUAUUUGCAUUGGUGGCGAUGAUAUCAGGAUGUUGGAUGUGGCGUGGUGGAGGAGCAAAAACGGUUAUGUUGGUCAAGAACCUGUCCUUUUCGAUAUGACACUCGCUGAGAAUGUCCGUUACGGUAAGGAAGAUGCGUCUAUGGCUGAGCUGGAGAAGGUUGCUAGUAUGUCCAAUAUGGAUUAUGUUACCUCUAUGGGAGGCAGCGUGAAGUGGGACGACCCGAUGGGCCCGAAAGGUUGUCGUCUGUCGGGUGGUCAGAAGCAGAGAGCAGCUAUUGCCAGAGCUCUCGUGAGAGAUCCUCAUAUUAUUUUCCUCGAUGAGGCUACGAGUGCAUUGGACUCUACUAGUGAGAAGAUCGUCCAGAAUGCUAUUGAUACCGCCUCUGUUGGUCGUACCAGUGUAACUGUUGCUCAUAGAUUGACUACUGUUCGUAAUUGUGAUGUUAUUUACGUCAUUACUGAUGGUAAAAUCGUUGAAUCUGGCAGUCAUGAUGUUCUUAUGGCUAAUCGUGGUGUAUACUACGACUUGUAUACCAAGGGUCAAAAGUAG